AUGGCUGACAACGCGGACCCUGACCCCCUUCCGAGCAUCGCGGCACUCCCUCAGUCAACAGUGCGACAGCUCGGCUCUUCCCAAGUGCUCAUUGACCCAAGCUCCGCCGUCAAAGAGCUUAUUGAUAAUGCUCUCGAUGCUCGUGCCAGCGCCGUCUUCGUCGACAUCGCCAACAACACCCUGGAUUCAAUACAAGUGAAGGACACCGGUCAUGGGAUCCCGCAAGAAGACAGGCCGCUGGUAUGCAGACGGUAUUGCACGAGCAAGAUCAGAGACUUCGAUGACCUGAAGGAGGUUAGGGGCAGAUGGCUGGGCUUCCGCGGUGAGGCUAUGACGAGCAUGGCUGAGAUGAGUGGGACGUUGGAGAUCACUACGAGAGUGGAAGGCGAGCCUGUCGCUGUGAAGCUCAAAUAUGGAAGAAAUGGUAAACUCGCUUCGACUGAACGAGCAUCAGCUCCUGUGGGCACAACUGUCAAGCUCACCGAUCUCUUCAAGUUUCUUCCCGUCCGCAAGCAAGCUGCGCUCAAACAUUCCUCCAAAUGGCUCGCUAAAAUUAGGCGGCUGAUGCAAGCCUAUGCCCUGGCUAGACCGACCGUUAGGUUCAGUCUCCGCGUGUUGAAGGCAAAGUCGAAGAAAAACGACUUUGUAUAUGCCCCCAAGAAGGACGCCAAUGUCGAAGACGCCGUCCUCAAAGUCAUCGGGAAAGACUGCGCCUUGCAAUGCGAUUGGACCGCGAUGGAAACCGACGGUUUUGAGAUUCAGGCUUUCCUCCCUAAGCCAAAUGCGAUCGGAUCGAAAGUCGCCAACCAGGGUUCUUUUGUCUCCAUCGAUUCACGGCCGGUAUCAGCUAGCCGAGGCACACUGAAGCAGGUGGUAACUACCUUCAGAGAACGACUACGCAAUGCCAAUCCUACGCUUGUUUCGGUGAAGGACCCUUUCUUCAGCAUGAAUAUCAACUGUCCGUCCGACUGCUACGAUGCUAAUAUCGAGCCAGCGAAGGAUGAUGUCUUGUUCGAGAACGGGGAUUCGGUCGUCAGCGCAGUCGACAAGCUCCUCAUGUUGUACUACCCUGAGGCGAGGGGCGAGACAGCAGGAGUGGAGGAGGAAGCUGAACAGCCUACUUCGGCUCAGCCGGAGCUCCGAGACCCUAGCUACCGGGAUAAUACGAAGCGCUCGAAGACACCGAUCUCGAUUCAUGAAGAUUCAACACCACUUGAAGACCACGAACUCGUUCGCAGACCCCCUAAAGAACAGACCCAAUGGCGAUCGACCAUGUACGGCAUUGAUGAAGAAGAUUUAGAAUUACUUUCAGACGAUCAGCGUCCAGUGAUCGAGGAAGAGGAAGGACGUCUUGCUGCUGAUGUGUCAAAUCCAUGGACUAUCGCACGAAUGAAUGCUGCAAUGAAACCCAAGAAGCCCGCGAACACACAGCUAAUGACUCCAGCUAAGACAUUGGGAAACAUAACUACGGGGUCAAGCUCCCCUGCACCAGCAACAAAUCUACGUCAGCAACGGCCUGUCGAGCCGUUGACGCCACAGACUUCCUCCAGAAUGAACAUGCCGCAGUCCUCGCUAGACACGGAGCUCGAGAGAAGCAUUAGCCGACUUCCGCGUCCGACGCAACGCAGGCCUGCAGGCGGCAGUCAUGAUCAGACUGUGGAUGAAGAAAUGGAAAUCGUACCAAGCCACUCGCAAGACUUGACUUCACUAGCGAAAGUGGGAGGUCCACUACCGUUCUCACCGAUCACCGUCCAGCGACCUAGCACGCAGCCUUUCGAGAUCGGCGAGCCCACCGGUUCUUCAACCCGAAUGAAUGCUCCGGGGAUUCCACUCGACAUGAUACCUUCGUCAUCUGCCGCUCCUCGUCGUCCUCGGCGCAAGCAGCAGCCUCGCCAUGACGCGCCAUACUCGUCCGAAUCACCAGGGCCUAGCGAUGAGUGGUUUGGCCAGCCAAUGCGCAGACAAGCCUCUUCAAAGGCUCUGCGGUCGCGAAAGCAGAAACCGCCACACAAUCCAGGUGCGCCUAUCUUCGCUUCAAGCAAUCUCUCAAGCCCUCGAAAACCAGUAUUGAAUGCAGCAGAUCGGCUCGUCGAGAACCGUCUCUACUCCGAGAAUAACGCCGACAUUCGUGACUUCUUCAGACAAAACAGGAAUCAACACCAGAAAGGCGCCUCGGGGGGGCCAUCCCCUGUCACCAACGCGCUUCGCACGCACAAUACUAUCGGCUCGCCACCGAAAAAUCGCGACAUGGCUGCCCAAUUUCGUGCCUAUGUAGAGCGCGAAGACCCCUCCCGCGACCUAUCAGCGUCUCCAACACGACGCGCCAGAGGUCCCCGCAACCCUCCGGCCCACGAGACAGCGCCUAAGGCCCGGCCAGCGCGUCGACGCACCAUUGACGGCCCCCUCCGCAGGAAAUCGUCCAGGCUACCGCUUGAGAGCAUACCCCAUGCGUAUCGCAUCCACGGCCUUGUUCUCCCUGUCGCAGUGCGUAUGCGCGACCUGGAGCGCAAUAUGCGCAAACUAGGCAUGAGCAGAAACAGUCUCGAGUGGGGCUAUCCAGCUGGCGAGAGUAGCUAUUAUGCGUUCAGCGUCCCCGUUACGGACGGUAAGCUGCGGGACUGGGUGGUGAAGAUCGAUGAGAUGCUAGAAUGCUUGUACGAGAAGGAAGAUGUUGUGGACGUUCGAGCCGCGCUUGACGAGGGUGUCAAGGACGCUGUGAAGGCACAUCAUGGCGGCGCUGGAGAAGGGCUUGAGACAUUUGUUGUUGUGGACGACGAUGACGAGGAGGAGGAGGAUGACGAGGAGAUAGAUGAGCGUGACCUGACGCGCGUCGAAGAAUGGACAAAGCAAGUCUUCGCCGCCAACAACGAGGACACCGUCGGGGUGCUAGAUCCAGCCGUCAAGAACGUCGAUGGAGUGGAGGAGAGCGCGGACGAGUUUGGGGAUGCGAUCGAGGAUGAUGAGAUGUUGCUGGACUUUUGA